AUGUCGUCCUUCGAGAGCGUCAUCGUCGUGGAUGGCAAGGGACAUCUACUUGGUCGGCUGGCAAGCACUGUGGCCAAGCAGCUCCUCAACGGUCAGAAGAUCGUCGUUGUGCGAUGCGAAGCCCUUAACAUCUCUGGAGAGUUCUUCCGUGCGAAGCGUCCUUUCCAUUUCCGCGCUCCUUCAAGAAUCUUCUACAAGACCGUCCGUGGCAUGAUCCCGCACAAGACCGCUCGCGGUGCCGCUGCCAUGGAGAGACUUAAGGUUUUCGAGGGUGUCCCACCACCAUACGACCAUGUCAAGAGAGUGGUUGUCCCUCAAGCCCUGAGAGUUCUGAGAUUGAAGCCCGGCCGCAAGUACUGCACAGUUGGUAGACUGAGCCACGAGGUCGGAUGGAAGUACCAGGAUGUUGUUGCGAGACUCGAGGAGAGACGGAAGGUUAAGGGUGCCGCAUAUUACGCCCGGAAGAAGGCGGCCCGAAGACAACUCGCCGACGCCCAGAAGACCGCGAAGGUUGAUGAGAAGACCAAGAAGCAGUUGGCUGAGUACGGCUACUAG